UCACGCAAACGCAGGCAUCACAGUCUUUUUCUUAUUUGAUCUAUUAACUUUUCCUAGUCUUCACUCUCCCAAGGAAAGGCGAGAGAAAAGCGUGACAAAAAAUUCAUGAACUCCACCUCUUCUGCGCCUCUCCUGCUCCUUUCCUAAAUCCAAACAUUAAUUUUUCCAUUCUCUCUUCCUCCUUUACAACAAAAACCUUCUCCGCUAUUUUAUUUUCUGAUUUUUUCACUUCACUGUUCCCUUCAUUUUCUCCGAUUAUACCCAAAUUGCUCAACUCGGGCCUUGACUCCACCCUCCAAAAACUUUGAUCGAUUCUUAAAGCUCCAAAUUACACGGUGUGGUUCAUUUUAAUUUUCUAGGAAUCAGGGCGUGAGUUAGUUGAGUCAACCCUGAGAAGAUGUUUUUCACCGGUGAUCCAACUACUCGGAAGCGAGUUGAUUUGGGAGGCCGGAGCUCGAAGGAGAGAGACAGAAAGAAACUUCUGGAGCAAACUAGAUUGGAGCGAAACCGCCGGUUGUGGUUGCGGCAACAGAAUGCAGCUGCAAUCAAAAUUCAGAAAUGCUUUAGAGGGAGAAAGGCAGUGGAAGCUGAGCAUCAUAAGGUGCGAGAUCAAUUCUAUGGAACCUAUGGGAAGCAUUGCCUAAAUAUAGACAGGCAUUCUUUUGGUCCAGAUUCAGAGUUCCUACGUGAUCUAUUCUUUUUCUUCAAUGCACAAAACAAUGGUGAUUUUACUGUCCUUACGGAGACCUGCCGAUUGCUUUUGCAACUCUUUCGAGACAAUGGGGAUAUCAUUAGUCUGUUUGGUGGUGUGGAUUAUGUAACCACUCAUGCUUUGGUGGACUAUAGGGUGAAACAACUUGCAUUCUACUGUAUUCAGGCUGUAUAUCAUAAUAGAGAACAGUUGAAGGAUCAACUAUUGAUGACACCCUGGGAAUCUAGUGAACCAGCAGUUCUCUUGUUGGAAGUUGUAGUUUUUUUGAUAGAUCAAAAGCUUCCAUGGGCAUGUAAGAUUGUUGGUUAUCUAUUGCAAAGAAAUGCCUUCACUCUAUUUAGAGAAAUUGUUCUUGUGGGGAAGGAAAAUAAAAUGCCUAGCAGUUGUAUUGGAAAAGUAUCUUCACUGGAGCACAUGCUUUCUAUGAUGAUUUCCCACAUUGGUCAGAAGCCAUGUAUUUGCCCACAUACUGAUCCGCAAUGUAGUUUCUCCUCUCAGAUGCUGACAAUUCCUUUCUUGUGGCAGCUUUUUCCAAGCUUAAAAGAGGUUUUUGCAACUUGGGGGCUGAGCCAACAUUACGUUCAUCAGAUGGCACUAUGUGUGCAGGGCCAUGCUAAUGUACUUCCCAAUGAUGUUUCAGCAAAAUAUCCUGGUUAUGCCUGUCUUCUUGGAAACAUGUUAGAAACUGCAGGAGUUUCUUUGUCUCAGCCUGAUUGUUCAUUUGAGAUGGCCAUAGACCUUGCAGCAGUUACAAAAUUCUUGUUGGGGACAAUUCCUCCCAUAAAAUCAUCAAGUCGGGAAACUAAAGAAAGUUCUACACUGGGUGAGGAAGAUGCCACUCAGCCUGAUGAGAUGGAAAUAGUUUUGAAUAGAGAUUUGGAACAACAAAUAACCAAUGCUAUAGAUUCACGCUUUCUUUUACAGUUGACAAAUGUUUUGUUUGGAGGAAUUUCACUCCUCAGUGGUUCUCAUUAUGGCCUGGAUGAAAAAGAGGUUACAGCCGUUGGUGCUGCAUGUGCUUUUCUUCAUGUCACUUUCAAUACCUUACCGCUUGAAAGAAUCAUGACUGUACUAGCUUAUAGAACUGAUCUAGUUCGAGUGCUUUGGAAUUUUAUGAAGCUGUGUCAUGAAAAGCAGAAAUGGUCAUCCUUGCCUGAGCAGUUAUCUCAUCUUCCAGCUGAUGCGCCUGGCUGGUUACUGCCUCUGGCUGUUUUUUGUCCUGUAUACAAGCACAUGCUUAUGAUUGUUGAUAAUGAGGAGUUCUAUGAACAGGAGAAGCCACUAUCGUUGAAAGAUAUCCGAUGCCUAAUUAUUAUUCUGAGACAGGCCCUAUGGCAACUCCUAUGGGUGAAUCCAAUGGUUCAUAACAAUGUGGUGAAAUUGGUUACGAACACUUCUGCUUAUAAGCGGAACUCAGUUGAAUCUAUCAAACACAGAGUUAGCGUUGUAGCUUCUGAGCUCCUCUCUCAGUUGCAAGAUUGGAACAACAGACGGCAAUUUACACCACCCUGUGACUUCCAUGCUGAUGGUGUUGAUGAUUUCUUUAUUUCUCAGGCUGUAAUAUAUGGAACCAAAGCAAAUGACAUAUUGAAGCGAGCUCCAUUUUUGGUACCUUUUACAAGCAGGGUUAAGAUAUUCAAUUCACAAUUAUUGGCAGUGAGGCAAAGACAUGUGGUGGAUGGUGUUUUCACAAGAAACAGAUUCAGAAUUCGACGGGAUCGUAUUCUGGAAGAUGCUUAUAACCAGAUGAGUGCAUUGUCUGAAGAAGAUCUUCGAGGAUUGAUCCGUGUAACAUUUGUCAACGAGCUUGGAGUGGAGGAGGCUGGUAUUGAUGGCGGUGGAAUUUUUAAAGAUUUCAUGGAGAAUAUUACUCGAGCAGCAUUUGAUGUGCAGUAUGGGUUAUUUAAGGAAACAGCAGAUCAUCUACUCUACCCUAAUCCUGGCUCAGGAAUGAUUCAUGAACAGCAUCUUCAGUUUUUCCAUUUUCUUGGAACUCUUCUUGCAAAGGCUAUGUUUGAGGGUAUUCUUGUUGAUAUACCAUUCGCUACAUUCUUCUUGAGUAAAUUAAAACAAAAGUUCAACUAUCUGAAUGACCUGCCCUCGUUGGACCCAGAAUUAUAUCGUCAUCUUAUUUUCCUAAAGCACUAUCAAGGCGACAUUUCUGAGUUGGAACUCUACUUUGUCAUUGUAAAUAAUGAAUAUGGAGAGCAAACAGAAGAGGAGCUCCUUCCUGGAGGAAGAAACUUGCGUGUUACUAAUGAGAAUGUUAUUACAUUUAUUCAUCUUGUAUCAAAUCAUCGUUUGAAUUUUCAGAUACGCCAACAAAGUUCUCAUUUUUUAGGAUUUCAGCAGCUUAUACAGAAAGAUUGGAUUGAUAUGUUCAAUGAACAUGAACUUCAGCUCCUGAUAUCAGGUUCCCUUGAGAGCUUGGAUGUUGAUGACCUUCGUCUUCAUGCCAAUUAUGCAGGGGGUUAUCACGGUGAGCAUUAUGUCAUUGAGAUGUUCUGGGAGGUUCUCAAAGCCUUUUCACUGGAAAAUCAGAAGAAAUUUUUGAAGUUUGUGACUGGUUGCUCGCGAGGACCACUUCUUGGAUUUAAAUACCUUGAGCCAUUGUUUUGCAUACAGAGGGCUGCUGGCAAUGCUUCUGAAGAAGCUCUUGAUCGUUUACCAACAUCAGCUACUUGUAUGAAUCUUCUAAAGCUUCCACCUUAUAGGAGCAAACAACAACUGGAAACAAAAUUGCUCUAUGCUAUAAAUGCGGAAGCUGGUUUUGAUUUGAGCUGAUAGAUUAUCUGGAUAAUACCAAGUCGAGAAAACCAAUCUAGUGACUUUGUGAUGGUCAUCAUAAUCCAUCUGAUGCUGAGUCUCCAGGACCACCAUCAAGAGCGGUGCAGGAGGCAAAAGAUUUAUGGAAAGCCCAGAGUGAAGGUUAAUUAUUACCAAGAAGUUCGACUAGUACAAUAAAUGAAGGCACGGUAGUAUAACAUUUAGAUUAUAUGCAAUGUGAUGGUCAAUUUUCUGAAUGGGUUUCAAAUGUACAUAUGUGGGGACAUCUGCAGCAGAGCCGAUAUAGUGUUUGUAAAGUUAGUACACAGUCCUGGUAGAGCAAUCAAUGGUGGAGCUGCCACCAGUUCAAGUGCUGGUAGAGCAAUCAAUUGGCAAACUGUGUCUUUGUCUGAAUUUCCUCGAAUAACAUCUGUAAAUGAGAAAGAUUAGUCUUGUGAUUUAGGUCCUCCCAAAAGCUUGGUUGUGUACAGGUUGGUUUUUUUGGGUCUUUUUAACAAAUAAUUGGUAUCAUCUAUCACUGAGGUAUGUAUUUGCCUGUAAUUGAUUGACAGAACGAAUGGGAGGAAGCUCUGUUGCCUCUUGGUUAGUUGGAAGUCGUUGACGUCGAUGGAUGCUUUCUUUGUUUUUGUGCAAUUCAAUGGGAAUAUUUUAAUGUGCAUUGUUUUGUUGGAA